AUGCCGAACCCCGUCGUCCCCAAGAUGACCUCCGACACAAUCCCCAUAUCCGGGCUCGACGAGCUGACCGCCCACCUCGACGACCUCGUCUCCUCCCCCGAAACGCCCCUCCAACCAAAGAUCCUCGACGACGUCGAGCUCCAGCUCACGGAAGCAAACAUCCCCCCCCUCCUCCCAACGCUCCUCCCGCGCCUCACCACAACCCUAAAAACGACCCCCCACGACCCCUCCCCCGUCGUCUCCCUGACGAUAAAACUCCUCUCCCCGGUCCCCUUCACCCACACCCUCCAGCUCGCCGACGAGUCCUCCCUGAUCACGGCCCUGCGCUCCCCGGCCCCCUCCGCGAACCUCCUCGCCCUCGCCAUCCUCGAAAAGGCCGCCGCCGCCCCCUCCGACGCCGCCAUCCUCUCCCUCAUGCCCCGCGUCGUCGCCGAGCUGCUCCGCCGCUGGCUCUCCGCCCCGCAGGUCGAGGUCGGCGAGAGGGCCGGCCGCGUCCUCGGCGACCUGCUCGAGACGGACUGCGAACUGCCCCCGCCGAGCGCGCUGCCGAGCAUAAGCGCCGGUUUUGAGAUCGUACCGCGACAACGACGACCGAGGGCGCCGGGACAGGGGCGGAUGUGGCGGCGCGUGUUCCACGACCGGGAGAUGUUCGGGCUCGUCCUCUCCCUCGCAAAAGGCGUGGACCCCGAGGACGAGGACGCCAAACUCUCGGAACACCAGCUCUCCCUCGCGCAGGGCCGCAUCCUCCGCGCCCUCCCGCGCCUGGCGUCGCUGAACAUGGUCGAGGUCGGCACGUCGCAGUUCCCGGAGCUGACGGGGUCGGCCGACGCGGGGCUGCUGCAGCUCGCGGCGCUGAGGAUGGUGGACAAGCGGGACACGCUGAUGCACCUGAGCCUGGUCGACUUCUUCGAGACGCUGGUGAGCGUGAUGCGCCUGGCGGACCGGAACCACCGGACGAUGGGCAUCCUGAGGGACCUCGUGCGGGAGGCGGGGAAGGACGACGAGAUGCUCCGGGAGGCGCUGAGGAGUCUGCCGGACCGGACGGUGCCGGAGGAGUCGGAGGAGUUGAGGACGUUUAUCCGGGACGUCAUGACGGGGAGAGGUUGA